CUUAGCUAAGGUUGCAACGUGAGACUCAUGCUAUUUAGCACAUUUGUUAUGUAUAUUUGACUUGUUCUGUUUUCUUAGUUUUUGAUUUCUGAAUGAUUUAGUAGUCAGCAUGCUUUUCCGAAUGAAGAUAUGAUUAUGUCAGUCGUUGACUGACGGAACUGGCAAAAAGAACAAAAAAAUCUAAUCUGAACGCAAAUCAAGAAAUGAUCAAUUUUCUAUAAAAUUAUAUUAUUUAAAAUAAAUAGAAAAGGAGAUGUCUCUAUCAAAUGGGUCUGCCAGUAGUAUCACAGCCGCAAGCAAAUUCUGAAUCUUCCAAUCAAAUGGGACUCUAUAAGAAAAUAAUUAAACUAAAACUUGUAACUUUUUUCUUUCUUGUCCUCUCUCUGUUCUCUGGUCAUCUGUUGUUAUACAUCAAACUUAAGGACUUUUUUUUUGGAGCAAAUCAAACUAAAGGACAAAAGCUUCAAAAAGCAGUUUUUUGUGCUUUUAUAGUAUACAUAGAGAGUGGAAAGAUGUAUAUAAUCGAGAGCAAAGGAGGAGCAAUCGCUUGUAUGCUCUUGGCUCUUCUCUUCUUAGGGACAUGGCCAGCAAUAAUGACUCUAACUGAAAGACGUGGCCGGCUUCCUCAACACACUUAUCUUGACUACACAAUCACAAAUCUGUUAGCUGCAGUGAUCAUAGCGUUCACACUAGGCCAAAUAGGUCCAAGCAGACCAAAUUUCAUCACACAACUUUCUCAAGAUAAUUGGCAGUCUGUGAUGUUUGCAAUGGCUGGCGGAAUAGUUCUUAGCCUUGGAAACUUAGCAACACAAUAUGCUUGGGCUUUUGUUGGUCUAUCAGUCACUGAAGUCGUCACAUCUAGUAUCACUGUUGUUAUUGGCACAACUUUGAACUAUUUCUUGGAUGAUAGAAUCAACAGAGCUGAGAUCCUUUUCCCGGGCGCCGCUUGUUUCUUGAUAGCAGUUUGUUUCGGCUCUGCUGUUCAUAAGUCAAAUGCAGCUGAUAACAAAUCCAAACUCCAAAACUUCAAUAGUUUAGAGACUACUUCUUCUUUCCAAAUAGAGACAAAUCAUGCAAACAGCGGGUUAGGGAAAGAGAAAGCAAAAGAAGGAACUGCAGCUUUUCUUAUAGAGCUUGAGAAACAGAGAGCUAUAAAGGUCUUUGGGAAAAGCACAAUAAUUGGACUGGCAAUAACUUUCUUUGCCGGUAUCUGUUUCUCCAUGUUCUCUCCUGCAUUCAACUUAGCUACAAACGAUCAAUGGCACACAUUGAAACAUGGGGUUCCAAAACUCACUGUGUACACCGCUUUCUUCUACUUCUCAAUCUCUGCAUUUGUGAUUGCUCUGAUACUAAACAUCAGAUUUCUCUAUUGGCCUGUACUUGGUCUCCCGAGAUCUUCUUUCAAGGGUUACCUAAAUGACUGGAACGGUAGAGGAUGGUCUUUCUUGGCUGGAUUUCUCUGUGGAUUUGGUAAUGGUCUUCAGUUCAUGGGUGGCCAAGCCGCAGGCUAUGCAGCUGCAGACGCUGUUCAGGCACUUCCACUUGUGAGUACGUUUUGGGGGAUAUUGCUGUUUGGAGAAUACAGAAGAUCAUCGAGAAGAACAUAUGUUCUUCUUAUUAGUAUGCUCUUCAUGUUCAUUGUCGCAGUUGCAGUUCUUAUGGCCUCAUCAGGACGUAGAAAAUGAUUUGAGAAAAGAGUUCACAUAGAAAACAUCUACAAUUUCAACUGCUAAAACUAAAAGGAACACAGUUUUAGUUCAUGAAUUUGUCAUGAUGUUUGUCCAUGAAAUCAGCUAUUGAAACUGUCCUUUUAAGGAUGGAGAAGAGCCCUAAAAGAAUAUUAAGUACCUUCACUAAUGGCUGUAGCAUGUUCAGAAGUGUUAAGAUCGUUUCUUUCCUCUUAGUUAUCUUUCAACAUCAAUUUUAUGUUUACAUGUUUGAUAUAACAUGGAGCUUAAACAUA